CAAGAAUCCCUGCGACGAGAUUGAAAGGGUGGGAAGGGAAAGAGAGAUGAGCACGCGACGGAAGGCAGCGGAGCCGACCGUUGAUGUAGAGCUUUCAAGAAAAGCGUAUCGGCUCGGAGGAACGAUAGUUGGAACGAUACGCGUGAUACUUCCGGAUGAUCGAGAUCGACCCCGUGACACAGUGAAUUCCAUACAAUUAGUAUGCGCAGGUCGUUGUAGACUAGACCCAAGAUGGCACAACGUCCCAGAGUAUCAGAAAGUCUAUGCAACACAUCCAUCAUUAAGUGAUCUUUCAUACGAUUCCAAUUCGGUUUGCUUCUGGGCGACGGAGCCAAUUGAGCUCUUAAACGUACAAGAGCGUCCAUGGGGACGAUGGGACGACAUCAGGCCAAAACCGAUCCAGCUUUCGGGCUACACAUUGUCGCAAAAAUUCUGUACCUUUCCAGACGAGCCGCGCAUCUUGGAGGACGAACACUUGGCCUUUACUUUUCGAGUGGACCUUCCAGACGAUCUUCCUCACUCAGUCUCGGCAACAUCCUGCCGUUUGUAUUACUCGGUGUUGUUCCGACUCAUACUGCCAAAUAAGCCGCGCGAUCCUAUGUGGAUCCAGACUCCCUUUACUGUGUUGUCUGUCAGCGCAGACGCCGUUGUAGAAAGACCUGCGACGAAGUCGACAUCGGGCGCAGGCCGUGUUCAGGUUGGACAAACCGCCCACGUGAUGGCCCAUUCAGUGGGCCUCCCUUGCCACGUGACCGCUCCAGAGCUCUUUCGUUUAUCAGGCCGUCUUACGGUGAACCAGAGAGGUGCUGGUAUUUACCGCCACAUGCGUAGACACGAUGCGAAGCACAUUCAAACAAUGAGGGUAGCCGAUUCAACUGGCAGAGCCGUAGGAGUUUUGACUACAAUCGGUGUUUCUGUCCUGAAUCCCGGCAGUCGAUGUAUGCUCAAACUGUAUUUUCCAAAUUUGCAGGACGACGCGUCAAGGGCACCUUGCUAUCAGUUUUGCGCUUGUUUGCAAGGCGAGGAAAUUGCCAUUCACAGAGACGGCACGCGCAAACGGGCAAGAUCAUUUCUUUUUGACACGGUACAAGAAACGAUUGAUCCCGAUUGCACCGAGUGUGCUUGUCUGAAUCUUUUGCUGCCGCUGGAUGCACCUUGCUCGUUGCAGUCUGAUCUGGUGGAAAUAAAUAUUCGCUGUCUCGUGGAUAUUACUGUGGACAGCGUGGACGGGAAGGGCUAUCAGAAUUUAAGAUUGGAAAUUCCUUGCACCAUUGUUCACGCUCUGUCUGCGUUUGAAGAAAACGAAGAGGAUGGCAGUGAAUUCAACCUUAUUGCCAUGGAAAAAUUAUUGAAACAGGACAGUGAGUUCACAGUCAAAGAAGACAUAAACCAUCCUCACAGUUUUGAAACAAGUGAUAUUGGCAAAGACCUAAAACUCCUAUCACUUGCGAUGGCCAAAAAAUGCAAUUUAAUACCAGAUCCUCCCGUUCUUGCGAAAGAAGACUAGCCUGUUGCGAAGUUAACAUUCUUACUGUGAAUAAUAUUCGAGCCGAUAUG